AUGCCCGCCAACGCCUGGACCCGCCCUAAGCGCGGCAGCGAAGCCGCCAAAAACCACGGCUUCAUGGACACUUACUUCCCUUUCAACGGCUCCGGUGGCUCGGACGGCGGUUCCAAGUGCCGCUGCAAGCACAAGUGUACUUGCAAGAGCAAGAACAAGAGUAAGAGCAAAGGUGAGCAGCCCGCCAGGCUUCUUCAGGACGCUCCUGAGUCGAGCUCAUCCAGCAGCAAAAAAAAAGCCCCUGAGUCUUGA